CAUCAGCCGAGUGAGUCCUGCUGAAGGCAGCUGACAACUGGACGACGGAGGACCGAAACAUCCAGCUGCCACGCUCCUACUGGAAUAAACUAAACCAAUCUAUGAGCAAAUGGUCUGAAGACAAAGAAAGGCAAAAAGUUGUGGACGCCUGUCUGUUUUCGUGUGUUCACGAUGAUGAGGCACCUGUCAGACACUCACUUCCUCCCGCUCGUUGUCAUCCAGCUGCUGGGAACCGUCACAUCGCAGGUCAACCCAGGUGUGUGUCGAUACGCUCUGGGGAUGUCGAGUGGGCAGAUACCGGAUGAGGACAUCUCUGCCUCCAGUCAGUGGUCUGAGUCUACCGCUGCCAGAUACGGCAGGUUGGACGGUGAGGAGGGAGACGGCGCCUGGUGUCCGGAGAUAACUGUUGAACCAGACCACCUGAAGGAGUUCCUGCAGAUCGACUUGCGUUCGCUCCACUUCAUCACCCUUGUGGGCACACAGGGCCGUCACGCUGGAGGAAUGGGCAACGAGUUUGCCCAGAUGUACAAGAUUAAGUACAGUCGUGAUGGCAGUCGCUGGAUCUCAUGGAAGAACAGGCAGGGAAAACAGGUGAUUGAGGGCAACAGGAACACGUACGACAUCGCACUCAGGGACAUGCAGCCGCCCAUCAUCGCUCGUCUGGUCCGCUUCAUGCCUGUCAUAGACCACUCCAUGAACGUCUGCAUGAGAGUGGAGCUCUACGGCUGUGAGUGGCUCGAUGGCCUGGUUUCGUACAACGCUCCUGCAGGACAACAGAUGAACCUUCCUGCUUACACUGUUUACCUCAACGACUCGGUCUACGAUGGAGCAGUCAUCUACAGUAUGACAGAGGGCUUAGGCCAGCUGACCGACGGCGUUUGUGGAGAAGACGAUUUCACUCUCAGCCACGUCCACAACGGAUGGCCCGGGUACGACUACGUGGGCUGGAACAACGAGAGCUUCCCCGGUGGAUCCGUCGAGAUCAUGUUCGAGUUUGACCGCAUACGAAACUUCACCUCCAUGAAGGUCCACUGCAACAACAUGUUCUCCCGACGCGUCAAGGCCUUCCAGCAGGUGGUUUGCCACUUCCGCUCCGACUCCGACUGGGAGACAACGCCGCUCGCCUUCAGCCCCGUGGAGGACGAGAAGAAUCCCAGCGCCCGCUUCAUCACCGUCAAGCUGGCCAAUCACAUGGCCAGCGCCAUCAAGUGCCAGUUCCACUUUGCUGACGCCUGGAUGCUGUUCAGCGAAAUCACCUUCCAGUCAGAUACAGCCAUGUACAACACAACGCCGCCUUCCACUCCUAAGCCAGGCACCUCUCCUCCUCCCUCAUCAGAAGACGACCCAACCCAUAAAGUAGAUGACAGCAACACUCGCAUUCUGAUUGGCUGUUUGGUGGCCAUCAUAUUCAUCCUUGUUGCCAUCAUUGUCAUCAUUUUGUGGAGACAGGUGUGGCAGAAGAUGCUGGAAAAGGCCUCUCGUCGGAUCCUGGACGACGAACUAACUGCAAGCUUGUCGAUACAGAGCGAGACGUUCAGCUACAAUCACACCGGCAACCGGCCAGGCACAACCGGCGAACAGGAGUCCAAUUCCACCUACGAACGCAUCUUCCCUCUGGGCCCAGACUACCAGGAGCCGUCGCGCCUCAUAUGUAAGCUGCCGGAGUUUGCACAGAGCUCAGAGGAACCUGCUUCGGCCGCCACUGCAGUUUCAAAGUCCACAACUCAAACUGUGGUGCAGGACGGCGCCCCCCACUACGCAGAGGCAGACAUCGUCAACUUGCAAGGCGUCACCGGAGGCAACACGUACGCCAUCCCCGCGGUGACAAUGGACCUGUUGUCCGGGAAGGACGUCGUUGUGGAGGAGUUCCCGCGAAAACUGCUCACAUUUAAGGAGAAGCUGGGGGAGGGCCAGUUUGGAGAGGUGCAUCUUUGUGAAGCAGAGGGAAUGCAGGAGUUCAUAAAUGAGGACUACUUAUUUGACGUCCCAGAGGGCCAGCCAGUGCUGGUGGCUGUGAAGAUGCUCCGCUCAGAUGCCAACAAGAAUGCAAGGAAUGACUUCCUGAAAGAGAUAAAGAUCAUGUCGCGUCUGAAGGACCCCAACAUCAUUCGUCUGCUCGCCGUGUGCAUCUACAGCGACCCGCUCUGUAUGAUCACAGAGUACAUGGAAAAUGGAGACCUCAACCAGUUUCUGUCCCGCCACGAACCCGAGGGACAACUCGCUCUCCUCAGCAACGCACCGACUGUCAGCUUCAGUGAUCUGUGCUACAUGGCCACCCAGAUAGCCUCGGGGAUGAAGUACCUCUCCUCCCUGAACUUUGUCCAUCGAGACUUGGCCACACGGAACUGCUUGGUGGGGAAAAACUACACAAUAAAGAUAGCUGACUUCGGCAUGAGCAGAAACUUGUACAGUGGCGACUACUACCGCAUCCAGGGCAGAGCGGUGCUGCCCAUACGCUGGAUGUCAUGGGAGAGCAUCCUGCUGGGUAAGUUCACCACGGCGAGUGACGUCUGGGCCUACGCCGUGACGCUGUGGGAGAUCCUGAACUUCUGCAAGGAGCAGCCGUACUCCCAGCUCACCGACGAGCAGGUGAUAGAAAACACAGGGGAGUUUUUCAGGGACCAGAAGCGACAGAUCUACUUGCCUCAACCUGUGCUGUGUCCGGACUCUCUCUACAAGAUCAUGCUGAACUGCUGGAGGAGGAACGCCAAGGAGCGGCCCUCCUUCCAGGAAUUACACAGAGCCCUGGUGGAUUUACAGCCUUAAGCCUGCGUAGUGUUUAAGACACUUUAGAGUCUGCGCAAAUCUCUGGAGGAAGGGAUGCCGCAGGAUGUCCAGGUUUAAGCUAUGCUCCUAUUCAACAGAGACAGGAUGGGAGGCCACCUGCUGGCUCCAAGAUACAUUUUCGAGGACUGAAUACUCUUAAGUUGAUCUGUAUUCCAGUUAAUGCAAAGGUUUUAUUUUUAUGAAGCAUAAAUUUAGACAAAGUACUUUAUCACAGUUUGCAGAGAGAGGCAUGGACUGCUUCUGGGUGUGGAGGAGGCCAACAUUUAAAUGUAGCAAGAGACAUUUGGCACUUUCAAAACUAAACACUAAAAGUAGGGAGACUUGUGUCUGGACAUUUCUUUCUUUGUUGCAGAAUUUUUCUUGGCAAAAAAAAAAAAAAAUCUCAUACCUGUUUAUGUUCCCUACACUGGUGCCACAUUCGAAAGGAAAACGCAUUUAUGCAUUUAUGCAGGGUUGAGUAUUAGCGUACCGCGAAGUCGUCAGAAGUUUAUCAGAGUCUGGAUACAGGCAGGUUGGCUUGACCCGCCUGCAGGCCUGACUUCAGAUCCACUGAACGCUUGUGGGACGAGGUUGGGUGUAAUAAAUAGGCCAAAAUCACCAAAAUAACCUCAUCGUCCAAUUUAAGACAUGACAAGGAUGUGCCAGCAUGUUAAAGUGGAAACAUGUUUUGUUUUUUCACACCUUCAUUCUCCAGUCCAACAGAUGACAUCAAACAGGAGUCAAUAACAAAAUAUACUGAAGAGACAAUUUAACUUGUAUUUUUUUAUUUGUAUUAUUCUUACAAAUGUGGCCCCAUUUAAAGCGAAAUAAACAGGCUUUGGAGUGGAAUAGGAUUUGCAGCCAAUUGGCCAGACCUGACUUUCCGUACUGCUUCUGUUUGGUUAAUGUCUAAAUGCAAUGUGUAAUCAGUGGUUCAUAUAUCUCAUGUUACAGUGUUGUUUGAAAUACUGCUUUCUUGUCUUUUCUUUUGGAAGACUGCUUGAAUGUAGACAGGGAAAGUGCAGAGUCAACGGUUACUUUCAUAUUUGAUUAUAUUUGAAUAGUUUCAUUAUGUUCAGAAAAACUUCAUACAUGCAGAGUAAAAAUAAACAAUGAGUGUAUUUGUUUCCAUCUCCCUGCCAUUUUCCUGAAGUAGUGUUGACAAGUGUACAUGACUGUGUAUUUUCAAUAGACAUGUUUAAAUUUCAUGUAUCAUUCCUUUUGUAUCAGUAUUUAUAUAUUGACUUUGUGUUUAUGACUUGUUUAUAGUUGUGCGUAAGAAUAUGCACUCAAACCAGAGUGUCAUUGCAGCAUUUCUUCUUCAUUGAUUUGUGUAUGUUUUAUUUCUGUUGCGAAAUCUGCUGCGACAUCCUUUUGUCUGCAGUUGAACAUGCUUUGAAGAAAUCCUGUUGGAACUAUGUGCUGGGUCGUUGCUGUGUGUUGAUUCAAAGCGUGUGUGUGCAGCAGGUGUGAUUAGAAAGUGUUUUCUGCAAGGAUCCAAUGCAAUCGGGAAAAGAGAAAAGUUUGAUCGAAGUAUUUUGCAGAAGAAGGGCAUGAAAAAGAAAACGCCUUCGGAUGUCCAUCCGUUCUUUUUACAGACGCAUUAGAAAAGGGUCACAAGUUGGGAAAGUCAGGUUCUAGAUGUCCAGCUAUUUCUUGUUGUCGCCUGAAGCAGAAAAAAUGAGGAGUUUCACCAUAACAACAAAUUUUCUUGGAUGGUUGCAAAGGGCAUGGUUGAUGAAAAUCAACUUUAAGUGCAUUAGUUUAGAGCUCAUCUUUUACUGGUGCGUCUGGACUUCAUGCACCAGUAAUGAAGUGUUUUUUUCUGUACUUGUACUUGCUUCAUGCUUUUAACGCUAAACACAAGCCCAGUCGUCUCACCCGUGAAAGACAAUUGCGAUUCGUUUCCUGCUUUGCAGGUCAAGCUCAGGUUCAAAUUGAUACACAAUUCAUUGCAUUUAUUCUCCUUUCAAUAUUGUUAGAAGCGCAAAAACAAUAUGUAAAAACAUCUGAAUAAAGUACUAGUUACUUUCA